GCUGGUUGCAGGCCCAAUGUGAAAGAACCACGUGGAAGGACUCACAAUUCAUGGUCAAAGAUGCCAUGGGAAUCGAGCGUCCAGUCCUCUUGGAUGAGUCGCGCGAGUCCCAAGUAACCUUUCUCAAUGCAAUGCAGUUCUACAAAAAGUGGCGUAGGCGCAAACCUAAUGAGCAAAUGUAUAUAGCCUUUGUUAGGCAUGCUCAUGUGCCUUCUAUUUUUGUUGUACAUAAUGAUUCUACUUUGCAUGUUGUUUCCACCUCGGAUGCAACUACUUCUACCUCUACUAAAUCUACCUCUAGUCCAAAUGACUCUACCUCUAACCCUGUCGUUUGGCUGCACCUAUGACAUUUGAUAUGCUUGCUCCUGAGAGUGAUGAUCCCCCUCCGGAAGUUCCGCCGAAAAUUCGCAACCUUCUCAACCGAUUUCCUGAAGUCUUGACCGAACCGCAUGGAGUUCCCGUGCGUCCGGUCCGGCACAAGAUCGAGUUGAUUGAAGGUAGCACUCCUCCAAAAGGUUGUGUCUAUCGAAUGGGCUCAGGCGAAUUGGAGGAGUUGCGAAGGCAGAUUGAUGAGAUGAUUGGGAAGGCGUGGAUCAAACCCAGUGAGUCUGAGUUUGGUGCGCCGGUGUUGUUUGUUCCUAAGAAGGGCAAACUGCAGAUGUGUAUUGACUACCGCGGAUUGAAUAGAAUCACAAGAAAGAAUGCAUACCCUUUGCCACGUAUCGAUGAUCUGCUUGAUGCUGCAGGUGGUUGCAAAGUCUUCAGCAAGAUCGAUCUCAAGUCUGGCUACCACCACAUUGAAGUCGAUCCUGCAGAACAGCACAAAACCGCAUUCAAAACUCACGAUGGGUUGUACGAGUUUACCGUCAUGCCCUUCGGUCUCACGAACGCACCAACCACCUUUCAAAGUCUCAUGGACAAAGUGUUCCGCCAUCAGAUUAACCGGUUUGUUGUUGUUUAUCUCAACGAUAUACUCAUAUUCAACAAAUCAAUGGAGGAGCACAUGAGACACCUUGAGGAAGUGUUGCAGGUCCUCAAGGAAGCGCAGCUCCAUCUCAACUUGGAGAAAUUUGAGUUUGGGAGAGACAGCGUCAUCUACCUUGGGCACCGGUUGUCUGCUGCAGGCCUAGAGCCUGAGGCAACCAAGGUUGAAGUCAUCCGCAAUUGGCCUCAACCGGCGAAUGUUCGUGAGUUGCGUUCUUUUCUUGGUCUUGCGUCCUACUACCGCAAGUUUGUGCCUAAGUUUUCUAUCACCGCCCGUCCGCUGUCUAGAUUGACUAGCAAGAAUGUGUCUUAUACAUGGGAUGAGGAAUGCACGACAGCCUUCGCAGCAUUAAAAGAGGCUUUGGUGAGUCAUCUGGUGCUUCGCAUUGCAGAUCCCAAACUCAUAUUCGUAGUAACUACGGAUGCCAGUAUGUAUGGGAUUGGUGCAGUGCUGCAACAAGAUGACGGCGACGGCUUACGUCCCCUAGAGUUUUACAGCAAACGUAUGCCCAGUCACAAGGUAGUUGCCUCCACCUACAUGUUCACAAGUGCAGAUUGGAAAGACUUCACCUCCCAGACCUACGACAUGAAACUCAAGAUGACGUUUGGUAGACACCCCGAAGCCAAUAGACUGGCCGAGGAGAUCAACCAGACCGUGAUCCAACUUCUCAGGGCUCUUAUCGUGCCUGACCAGAACUCUUGGGAUGAGGAGUUGCCGAUUGUGCAGGGGUUGUACAACAACUCCAUCCACUCUUCCACCGGGAUGACGCCUAACCGGCUGUACCUCGGAUGGAAAAUCCGCAAUCCCCUAUCCUAUCUGUUCCCGGAACAACCACCUGGCCUAACGCCUGGCCAGCCAGGCUACAGUGCUAAGUACGAUCGUUUGCUCAAAGUCGUUGUCGCGGCUAUGGAGAGGCGACGCAGUGCUAUGAUUAAGCAUGCAAACAAGAAACGCCAGCCUGAUCCCUUCACCGUGGGAAAUUAUGUUUGGGUCAAGAUAUCUGAGUUUUCUGAAGAAGAAGGCGUAUCACGGAAACUUCUUCCUCAGUAUUACGGUCCCUGGAAGGUGCUGAAUCGAGUAGGUAAUGAUUCCUUCGGUCCUUCUUACACGAUUGAUGUGCCUGCCCAUCUCCGCACAUACCCAGUCUUUCACGCAUCAAAGUUAUUUUCGUAUGAGCCACCUGAGACGUUCAAGUACCGAUAAUCGAUGAUUCCCCGCGCAAUCAAUGGCGGUCACGAGG